AUGUUCACUCAUUAUGGGAGGUAUAAUAUGUUCUCAUCCCUCACCUCUGAAGCACACUCCUGGAGACGCCGAAUGAUUGCGAGCUCUUAUUCUUUAACAAAUAUCUUGAACCGAGAAGCAAGUAGAGGCGACAUAUGGCGAACAGUUGGGGAAUAUGUAAAAUACGCACGAAGGGAGGGCAGCGAGUCGAAAAAUGGACCCGGGCGAUCUAUUGACAUAUAUCCCGCCAAUAUUUACUUUGCGUGCGACAAUGUUAGCGCACAUGUUUUUGGAGAGGAGCGGGGGACAAAGACAUUGGGGUCACUCGCGGAUAGUGCAGAGAUCAAACUUCAGCGGGACUCUAUCGACGACUGGUAUGUCCCAACAAGGAGAGAAAAGAUAUAUCUUUGGACCGAUUUCAACGUUGCGUUGAGAUGUUUUGAAGCAUUUGAGCGGACUACCCAGAAAGUUAUCCGUAUUAUCCAGCGAAGAGUAGAUCCGGAUUCCAAGUAUAUUGGCGGUACUUUCCUCCAUAACUAUGCCUACAAGAACAUGCGGGAGCUCAAGGACCGCCCUUCAGUUGAGCUCACGGUCGCAAAGAAUCUUCUCUCGGGCAAAGUUUCAGGCAAGGUAUCUGAAGUUUUUGAUGAGUUUGGUGCCGCAAGUGAAUCAAUGGAUCAUAUGCUUGCAGGGAUGGAUACCACGAGCGACACGCUUUCAUUCCUUCUUGCCAUGCUUUCACUUCCUGAACACCAUGAAUACCAGGAAACCAUCAGGAGCAGCCUUCCCGAUUUAUGUCCAUUUGAUCAGCCUUUGACCGUAGCGGAUAUUAACCAGAUACUGAAUAAUACAUACCUUAACAGUGUGAUCAAGGAAACGCUAUUGAUAUUUCCCGCAAUCCCCGUCACUUUGCCUCGAGUUGUGCCAUCUGGCGGCCGGGUUGUAGACGGGCUUUGGCUUCCGGCCGGAACUUUAGCCUCUUCUUCGGUUCGAGCAGUCAACUUGACAUUUCUUCCAGAAUUCGAGAAGAACCCCGGAAAUGUUCAGUGGAAACCCAGUCGGUGGCUUGUUAAGUCUGAUGCAGACAAAGACAGGGUGCAGGAGCUCGAAAGAAGGCUGUGGAGUUUUGGUUCCGGUGGUAGAGGCUGUAUCGGAAAACACCUAGCAUUAACAGAAAUGUCACUACUACUUGCUGCUAUUCUAGCGAACUUCAAGCUUCGACGGGAUGAUGAUGGUAAUGAGGACAAUGAUGCACUCGAAACUCCCCACAGGUAA